AUGAGUGUAUUGACUAAGAGUCAAGCGACGGAACUCCAUAAAGCAAUGAUAGGCUAUCUAUCACUACUCAAUGCAUCGAAAUGCGUCGCCGUCUUACAAGAAGAACUACAAUUAAAAGAGCCGCUCCCGAACGAGAAAGUCAAAAAGUAUGCGAGGAUAUUAGAGCGAAAAUGGACGAAAGUCUCCAUGCUUCAAAAACAGAUCAUAAGGCUGGAGUUAGAAAAAGAUCGUCUACAGUCGCAGCUAGAAUCCUCUUCAAAAGCCAUGACACGACCAAAUCGAGAUCCAGAUAAGUGGCUUCCCAGUGACCCAGCCUAUACAUUGGAGUCCCAUAGAGCAGCCGUCACAUGCAUUGCUUUCCACCCGAUGUACUCUACAUUAGCAUCUGGAUCGGAGGACUGCACCAUCAAAAUCUGGGAUUGGGAAAAUGGCGAACUCGAACGAACGCUCAAGGGACAUUCCCGAAGCGUGACAGACCUGGACUUUGGUGGUCAAAAGGGCAACGAACUACUCGCAUCAAGCUCGGACGAUCUCACAAUUAAGAUAUGGGAUCCAACCAACGACUAUACUAACAUUCGAACCCUUUCCGGUCAUGACCGCUGCGUCACAGCUGUACGGUUUCUACGAUCAGGCGGAAACCGGCUUGUUUCGGCUAGUCGAGACGCAUCGAUUCGCAUAUGGGAUGUAGCCACGGGGUACUGCACCAGGACGAUAUACUCGCAUGGCGAUUGGAUAUGCAGCCUCUCUCCCUCGAUUGAUGGAAGGUAUCUAGUCACAGGUGGGCGCGGUCAAGCUGCGACAAUAUGGGAUGUUGCGUCUGGCGAAGCUAGAUCGUUUUUACGCGGCCAUGAUAACCACAUUGAAUGUUGUGUUUUUGCUCCUCCGGCGAGUUAUAAAUACUUGGCUGCACUGGGUGGAUUGAAAGUUGUUCCGUCAGUUGGAGGUCAUGCAGAAUUUGUGGCUACAGGUGCGAGAGACAACAGUGUGAAUCUUUGGGAUGUGAGAGGGAGAUUGAUUAAGACCUUAAUUGGUCAUGACAGCUGGGUUCGGGAUUUGACGUUUCAUCCUGGAGGGAGAUAUUUGCUUAGCGUGGGCGAUGACUGUACUGUCCGCUGCUGGGAUCUAUCACAGAAUGGGAGGUUGGUGAAGACUAUAGACAAGGCACACAGGCGCUUUGUCAAUUGCAUUCGAUGGGCUCCAGAAUUGAUUAAUCCGGAAGCCAACGAGGGAAAAUGUGCUACAAUAGGGUUGCGAUGCGUGGUUGGUACCGCAAGUGCAGAUGGUGGUAUACGAAUAUUCAAAUAA